UCAUCCUUUAAAAUAUCCAGACUGGAAAGGGCUGGGCGCAUGUGCCGUAUUUGCGCCUAUGGCAACCCCAUUAGCUCCAAUAAUAUUCACGUUAUUAGAGAGCACGAGGAUGGUGGAGGAUCAGUGAUGUCAGUGGUUUUUGAAUGCUGGUACGGACUGCGUGAAUGCGUGUUAUCGUUUGCAAUUGACAGGACUCAAAUAUUUGAGCAUGAGAUGCUUUGUCAUUGAGGAUCACACACUCUGGUACGUCCUACACACAGCAUGCUGCAUCCUGGUGUGAUCUCAUGUACACCUUGAUUUUCGGAUUUCACGCAUCUCAUGUCUAAUAUCGUCGGACUGAAGCGGCACGUUUUAAUGGAACAUCUCAAUGGUUGAAACCGGGAGCACGUUCCAAGUGUCAAAGACUCGACCUGUCCCUGCUGAUGCUCCGUCACUGCUUGUUGAAUUCUGAACCACUAAGUCUGUAAGAUUUAUGUUUAGUCAUUGCUCCAUUUUCCGUCCCUUUGUUCACGGAAUUCUUCUAAAUCACAUUUCUUUUUAUUUACAUAAUGGAGAUAUUCCAUUCUUCCAUGCGAAAACGUCUCUACAGCUUGCCGCAAAACAUUGGACAAAAAGCCUUUAUGACUGACGAAGGAGAUAGCGGUGACAAGGACACCAAAAAGAAAAGUAUUGGAUUGAGGCAUUUGCACUCACCGUCCCCCGCAAGCAGUUGCAAAAGCAUUGGUCACACCAAGAACGGAGACUUGGAAACUGAUGUUACCGUGAAGACCAACUUGAACGGGGACUGUCGCCUGUUUAGAGGCAGUCUUUCCUCCAUCACCGGCCGACAUACGGUGGGAUCGGAUCCAGCUGAGCAGCGGCGCCUUAUCCCCGAGGCAGAUGCUAGUGUCAACGAAGAGAGUUUCCUGGGAGAACAUGGCCCAGGGGGCGAACAAGGAGCACUGGGUAGCCGUGGUGGCGCGGCGUCUCUUUUUGACCAGUCGAGUUUUAUCAAGUUAGAAGGAACCGAUCAAAUUAUGCCUGACGACGACAGGUUGUAUCAAGCGGGCUUCAUGCACCGUCAGUUUGGGGCGAUGCUUCAACCGGGAGUCAACAAGUUCUCUUUGCGAAUGUUAGGGAGUGAGAGGGCCGUGGAGCACGAGCGAGAGCGCGUGAAAUCCGCAGGAUUCUGGAUAAUUCACCCAUACAGUGAUUUUAGGUUCUACUGGGAUCUGAUCAUGUUGCUGCUGAUGGUGGGGAACCUGAUCAUCAUCCCCGUGGGCAUCACCUUCUUCAAGGACGAGCACACGCCUCCUUGGAUCGUCUUCAACGUGGUCUCCGACACCUUCUUCCUCAUGGACCUGGUCCUCAACUUCCGCACGGGCAUCGUGAAGGAGGACAACACGGAGAUCAUCCUGGACCCGCAGAAGAUCAAGAUCAAGUAUCUAAAGAGCUGGUUCGUGGUGGACUUCAUCUCCUCCAUCCCCGUCGACUACAUCUUCCUCAUCGUGGAGACGCGCAUAGAUUCAGACUUCUACAAGACGGCCCGGGCGCUGAGGAUCGUCCGCUUCACCAAGAUCCUCAGCUUGCUCCGUCUGCUGCGCCUCUCCAGACUAAUCCGCUACAUCCACCAGUGGGAGGAGAUUUUUCAUAUGACCUAUGACCUGGCUAGCGCCAUGGUGCGCAUUGUCAACCUGAUUGCCAUGAUGCUGCUGCUGUGUCACUGGGAUGGUUGUCUGCAGUUCCUGGUACCCAUGCUGCAGGACUUUCCAUCAGACUGCUGGGUAACCAGGAACAAGAUGGUGAAUGACACCUGGGGACAGCAGUACUCCUACGCCCUCUUUAAGGCCAUGAGCCACAUGCUGUGUAUUGGGUAUGGCCUGUACCCUCCUAUUGGCAUGGCUGACGUGUGGCUGACGAUCCUCAGCAUGAUCGUUGGUGCCACCUGCUUCGCCAUGUUUGUAGGACAUGCCACAGCCCUGAUCCAAUCCCUGGACUCGUCUCGACGACAGUACCAGGAGAAAUACAAGCAGGUGGAACAGUACAUGUCUUUCCACAAGCUUCCAGCCGGCAUGAGGCAGAGGAUCCAUGACUACUAUGAACAUCGUUACCAGGGCAAGAUGUUUGACGAGGAGAGCAUCUUAGAUGAGCUGAACGAACCGCUCCAAGAGGAGAUCAUCAAUUUCAACUGUCGAAAGCUGGUGGCAUCCAUGCCUCUGUUUGCCAACGCCGACCCCAACUUUGUGACCUCCAUGUUGACCAAACUGCGUUUCGAGGUCUUCCAACCGGCGGAUUAUAUAAUCCGUGAAGGCACCAUCGGCCAGAAGAUGUACUUCAUUCAGCACGGGGUGGUGAGCGUGCUGACCAAGAGCAUCAAGGACACAAAGUUGUCAGAUGGGUCCUAUUUUGGGGAAAUUUGUUUGCUGACUCGAGGCAGAAGGACAGCGAGUGUGAGGGCUGACAACUACUGUCGUCUCUACUCGCUGUCUGUGGACAACUUCAACGAGGUGCUGGAGGAAUUCCCCAUGAUGAGACGAGCCUUCGAGACCGUCGCUCUUGAUCGUCUGGACCGAAUAGGGAAAAGGAACUCGGUCCUGCGACACAAAGUCCAACACCACCUGAGCGCAGGAACCCUCAACCUCCAAGAAAGCGAGAUCAUCCAGAGGAUCGUGCAGCACGACAGAGACAUGGCUCACAACGCACAGCUGAUCCAGACGGCAGCCGCUCAGAACCUAGCAGCUCUACCCAUGCCACCCUCACCCACCCCAGUCAUCUGGGCUCCCCUGGUCCAGGCACCCCUCCAGGCUGCUGCCACCACCACCCCUCUGGCUCUGGCUUUGAGCCACCAUGCUCAGCUCCCUCCCAUCCUCUUCCACCACCCCCUCUCCAUGUCUGGCUCCUUCAAGGACUCGUCGGGCCACAUGAGGAGAGUCCAUGUGGGGGCUCCUACGGCCAGCUGCUGUGGCUCGGGGCCUGGCUCCCCUGCUAGCUCCAGCAAGUUCCGCUCCGGGGUGGACACUCCUAUUCUGGCCUCCCUCAGGGUACAGCAUCUCUCCACAGCUUGCACCUCGCCUAUCUCCACCUUCCUACCGACCUCCAACAGCAGCAUGCACGCCCAGCUCCAGACCCAAAUCCAGGCCCAGCUUCAGAGCCACAUCCAGACCCAGACCCAUACCCAUACCCAGCUCAGUUCAGCCUCCUCCUUCCCCAUGAGACAGGCCUCCCUAAGGAGGUCACCCUCCAUUUGCACAGCUCAACUCCACCCUCAGCCCUUCUCCUGCGCCUCAUCCACCCCAGCCCAGCCGGCCAGGCAUCCCCUGCAGGGGUCAGCAGGGAGGCCGUCAGGGAGAUUCCCAGCCCCCUCUGCUUCCGGGAUAAGCCCACUGAUCUCCAGCUCAGUCAGCCCCAUACUAAGCCAGCUGCAGUCCUCUCACGCCAGCAGCACUCAGCAGAUGGAAUCCAGUCAUGAGAGAGCGGGCCGGACAUUCGCUGGUCUGAACAUCCCUCACUCUUCGUUCACCAGCGGCACUCAAUUCCCCGGCGGAUAUCUGCACGAGCAGCCAGUCACUGGAGCUGAGGUCCCGUCCUCCCUCAUGCAGCGAAGUCUGCCGAGCCUGCAGUCAGUCCUGCUCCCGCAGGUUCUCCCGGAGCAUUCCGCGCUAGCGUCUCUGGCUCAGUACGGCUCUAGAGACGCCUCGCCCUGUUACACACCCACAUCCCACAGUCCCAUCUUUCAGAGCCCUGUGCGAGCCCAGACUGGGUCUCACAGUGACCCCCCUAGUGCUGUCGGCUCGCAUCUCUCCCUCACCCCCCAGAGCCCCUGCCCUGGCAGGGUCAUCGAUCCCCCUAGAGAGAGAGCAGAGUCCUUGCUGGAGCUCUUCACCCAGGAAGUCAGGACUAUCUCCUCCUCGCACAACCUCCUGCCUCAGGGAGAGCCUCUGGGCAUGGGCUACUCCUCAGAGGGAUCAGGUGGGUUCUUUACGUCCCCGAUGGCCGUCAGUAGACCCUACAGUCCCAUCCCCGGGCACGUGGCGCCCCUGAGCCAGACGCUCUCAGGGACCGGACCUCACACUCAGUUCUCCGGAGCUCAACCCUCCCAGCCCAGUCACGGCGGCUCCCCUGCCAAGACGUCAGAGAUGGAGCACGGACUCUCCAAACUCCCUUCUAACUUGUGAGGCGAUGAAACGCCCUGCCUGUAAUGUCUGGGAAGUUGUUUUUCCUUUCACGGCAUUGUCUUUUUCACUCCUAGUAUUUUAUAUUAAAGGAGGAGAGUUUGUGAACUCAUCUAUAUUGGAGGUCUCUGACUUAGCUAUGUUUUCUACUAAGAGUGAAUGAAGGGAGGUAAAGGGUCAAAGGUGAGGGUUUUCUAUAGAACAUGGCUACUUUGAAUACAGUGGUGCACAGCAAAUAUUUAUUCGUGAAUACUGUACAUGUAAAACUGCAUCAGAAAAGUCAUACAAUAUACUGGACGUGUAUUGUACCACACUCUGUGAAUUGUGAUACUAAAAAAGGUUAUCUGAACCAUUUAGUUUUACCUUUUGCCCUUUUAGUUGAAAGAUUUUCAGCAGUUAUAUGCAGUUUGGAAUUAACCAAAAUCCUUUCCUUUUAUGAACUUUAUGACUAUAUUGUAUAUUGUGAAAAUGAGGUGAAUUCAGUGCCACCCCAAAAAGACUUCAUGACAUGGGGACCUCACUGCACUAUGGUUACCUCAAAGAGUACAGGAAUUAAAGUAUAUAAAAUACUUUGCAGAUGAGGGUAUGUCUUCCAUAAUCUAUUUUCAGCAAUACCUGGACAUUCUCACAAAUUACUUCUUCAGAGGUCAGGAAUGAAUGGUGGACAAAACUUUGGAAUAGUUUUAGAAAUUGAGUAUGUGGGUGAAAUGGUUAAAAAAAAAGAAAUUUUACUUUCAGUUGUGGACAUUUCUCGCUGUUCCUCCUGUUUCAGAUCUAUUUUCAGUCCGCCAGCCUUCAGCAUCCCAUUGAAUCAAGAACAAUGGCUAUUUUCUUUUAAGACCUUGGCCGAGAUGAUAGUGAAUGCCUGUGAGCAGUAGCUAGAGUGGUGUCAUUCUGUCUAUUCAACAGCUCUGCCAUUUUGGUUACAGUUGUGCCCUGAUUUCAACUGUCGGAUUAUAAGGUUAUGGAACCUGCAACUGAAGCCUGUGUGUGCCGUUUCCACUUCAUGCAAUAAGCUGUCUGAAUGUAUGGGGAUAGAGAGAUACUAGGAAUUGCUGGGGUAGUGGAUAAUUUAGGUGGUUUCCGGUAAAGAGGUCUACAGCCUCUGGAAACUGAAGUAUUGAUCCAGAUUAUUUUAAACUGAAAGCAAUGUUGAUGCACUGAGACUCAAAUCAGAAUUUUUAUUGCAACAAUCAAAGGGCUAAAAGUGGUUACCGGGACACAUGGUCGAUGAGAAACCCUUGAAUAUUAUAUUUCAGCGUAUUUUAUCCAUGUAUUUUUUUUUAAAUGAAAGAUUAUCUAAUGUUCUAUCUAUUGUUAAAUAUCUUUUGUUAAAAACUUGUAUUGAAAUACUGCUGCUUAUGAUGCUAUGCCGAAUCAAUAAUGAGUCAGUUACUAAAGACCCUUUUGAAAAAGUCUCUUGGUAACACUCAAUAUAUUUGUGUCCUGUUCUUUAAUAUAUAUAUAUAUAAUUUCAUUGUUGUUGAAUUGUACAAUUAUCUCAACCUAACUUGUCAAUGACUAAGAUUCGCUGGUCACAAUGUCAAUGUCGUUGACACAGAGUACUCUGUUGCCUAGUGACUGAGCCGAAGGGUUAGGUGUUCUGAAGCUCUGUCGUGUUCUGACUCCAACACUGUUGCUGUGGGAAUAGAGAUACCAUCAUUCACUGGUGUCAAUCCUACAUUACCAUUCCUCCCCGACCCCCGUCACAACACCCGCAAUGGAUCUUGGUCGCAGCUUGACUGCACUUUCAUGUGGAUGUUGACAUAAGGAUGCUAUGGGAUCAUAUUUAGUAUGUGUUUUUAUUUUCAUAUUGUUGCCUUUUUAAUCAACCUACAAAACAGUUCCAUUACUUAUGUUUGACAUUUUAUUUUUAUGUAUUGAAUUAAAUGCAAUAAAAUAAUUUAUGGUUUAAGGACUCUCUGAAAUUGUUGGUUUUCAUAUGGGCAGUGGGUAUUAUAACGUGAGAGAGAAUCUGAUGAAAUAGAAGUCACAGAGUUUAAGACGGAUUAUAAGUAAUUUGUAACUGCAUACUGUCAUCUAGUGUUGAUAUUAAAAAAA